AUGGCAUACACAACAUGGCUUGCUCCGGUCCUGGCUGCGAUGAACCUCAUCGCUUCUGCUCAGGCCGCUCAAGUCCAUUACACUUUAGAUCUUACCUGGGAAAGGGGCUCCCCCAAUGGAGCUGAACGGGAAAUGAUUUUCGUUAAUGAUCAAUUUCCCGGGCCGUCUCUGAUCAUGGAUGAGGGAGACGAAGUUACUAUCGAAGUAAACAACCACCUCCCAUUCAACACAUCUGUUCAUUUCCAUGGCAUUGAGCAAAUGAACACACCAUGGGCCGAUGGCGUAUCUGGUCUCUCGCAAUGGGCUGUACUUCCUGGUCAAACAUAUACAUAUAGCUGGAAUGCUACUCAAUAUGGAACAUACUGGUACCAUUCACACGACAAAUCGAGAAUCAUGGAUGGUUUGUAUGGGGCGAUAUAUAUUCGACCUUCUUCUGAUCGCGAUUCGCCCUUCUCGAUGAUUUCUGACGACCCGACCGAUAUUAAGGCCAUGGAAAACGCGAGAGAUAACCCACAGAUCGUCAUCCUUUCGGACUGGGACCAUCUGACUUCGGACGCCUACAUGCAGGCCGAAAUGGAGUCUGGCUACGACAUAUUUUGUUCCGACAGCGUUCUGGUCAACGGUCAGGGCUCAGUUAUCUGCAAAGACCCAGAAGAAUUGACCAACCUCCAACCGGCACAAGUUAGAGCAGUGGUCAAUGGCACACUCACCGACAAAGGAUGUGACCCGAAUUUGGACGUUCUACAGGGCACUUGGGAGCACCACCCAGAAUUACUUCCCGGUGGCCUAAACUCUGGAUGUCAGCCUAGCGAAGGCCCUCCUUCCUUCUUUGAAGUUGAAUCCGAGACAAAAUGGGCUAGCUUCAACUUUAUCAGUGCCGCAGCCCUCAAGGCCUUUGUGGUAUCGAUUGAUGAGCACCCAAUGUACGUAUACGAGGUGGAUGGCCGAUACAUUGAGCCACAACUGGCACAUAGCGUGCCAAUCUACAACGGACAACGGUACUCUGCCAUGGUCCGCUUGGACCAAGAGACCGCGAACUAUCAAAUACGCGUUGCUGGCAAUGGAAACCAGGUCAUCUCCGGAUUUGCAACAGUUACCUACAAAGGAGGCGAGAGCAGCAAGCGGGAGUCGGUCCCAUACAUCGACUAUGGCGGCAUCAACACUACAUCUUCUGUGAUAGUGCUUAAUGACAACAACCUUCCUCCAUACCCGGCGAUCCAACCUGCUAGCAAUGCAGAUGAUUUCCACCUCCUGACUCUUGGGCGGAUCAACUCAUCCUGGGAGUGGACAUUGGACGGGACUACAUUCCUCCCUGCCAAGCUUGCUUCAAUGGAGCCAGUACUUAUCAACCCGCAAUCACCAGACCUGGAUUCCUCUCUGAAGAUUGAGACAAGAAAUAACACAUGGGUGGAUAUUGUGUUCCAGCUUGCCAUUCCAGAGCCCACUUUGCUUCAACCGCCUCACCCGAUCCACAAGCACUCGAACAAGGCCUUCUUGAUCGGAGCGAACCACGGAAAGUUUACCUGGAACUCUAUCGAAGAUGCUGCCCGUGAUUCCCCAGAUAGUUUCUUUGAUACACCUAUAUAUCGGGACACAUUUACAACCUCACCAGCUGGCGAGGCUUGGAUUGCGAUCCGUUACCAUGUUGUUAAUCCGGGCGCUUUCUUGCUACAUUGCCACAUGGAGACGCAUCUUGCCUCAGGAAUGGGCAUGGUAUUGUUAGAUGGAGUGGACGUUUGGCCAAAGGUUUAA